ACUGACUGUCAGGGAAGGUUCUACAAUUUGUGGACGGUUUUUGUUUACAUUUUUAAUCGGCAUAGAAAAAUCACAAAAGUUGGAAUAUUAACUAGAUUAAUAGCUUAUUAAUUGUUAUUUGCUCAAAUAGUGUAAUGGAACUUCCAGAAGAAAUAUUAAUCAAGAUAUUUGACCAUCUUAGUCCAAAAAUGGUCAAAACUUGCUGUCUUGUAUGUUCAAGAUGGGACACCAUAAUAAGCAAUUCAAGGCAGAUAAUGAAGAAAUUUCAGUUAAAUCUCGAAGAAACCAAUAGUAUGAUCCAGAAAGCAAAACAGCUGAACAGGAAACACCAAAUAAUCAAGGUGAAAAACCUGAAUGAAAGUACAAUGGAUGUAAUUAGUAUGCACAACUUACAGUCACUUCAAAUAUCAUGCUGUAAGAUAGAAUCAACACAUUUAGCAAAAGUUCUCAGUCAACUAACAUUACUGGAUGUUUUCAGUGCAAAGGCUGUCGCGUUCAUUGAUGAUUUUGGAAUAGACGAUAAUUUUAAAAGAGCCAAAAUUAAUCUUAAGGAGCUACGCAUAGAAUAUUGUGAUAUUGAUAUUGUAGAAUUCUUUGAUACAGAAACAUUGGAGCUAUUUGAAGUCUCGUCGCUAUUGACUGAAGAAUGUGAUAGUGUAAUUAACUUAUUAAAAAGACAGAAGAAUCUUAAGGAAUUUGGCGUUGGAGGUGUCAUUUGUGAGAACUUUUAUCAAUCUCCUGAAAUAUACAAGUUUAAUUUUCGAUUGAAGAGUCUUAAAAUUGACAAGGCAUCGAUGAAGAAUGACCAGAAUGAUCCACUUUUCAAAUUUUUAUUGCUGCAGAAGGAUUCACUCAUAUCUAUGAAAAUUCUAUAUCCAAUUGAGACUAUUGUCCACAAAUUCAUACUCGAAAAUCUACUUAAUUUACAGCACUUAGAAAUGCCAGUAUCAACAUUAUCGGAAAAUCAUGAAGACAUCCUUAAUCAACUUCCUAGAAAUAGACACAUAGAGAGCAUAAAGUUUUUCGGUAUAUUAAGAAACCUUAAUAAUGCAAAGCUAGUCAUGAAUCUUUUUCCAAAUAUCAAGUACUUAGAUUUAAGUCAAAUUACUACUCAUGUUUGGUUCAUGGACUUCCUUUAUUACAUCAGUCAAUCUUUUAAGAACUUAGAAACGCUCAAAAUACCAAAUCUGUUCAAUCAACGGCUGCAUCAAAGCAUCAAUUUCCCGAAACUAAAAUCAUUUUCCGUUACCAAGAUUUAUGAUGAAAGCAUCUACAAUCCAUUCAUUAGAAGGCAUUCUAGCACGUUAGAGAACAUUUAUAUUGGAUGGACUGAUGAUAAUUUCAUUAAAGGAUUGACUGUUGAUGAGAUAAUGAACUGCUGUAAUUUGAAGCAUGUUACAAUAUCAAGUUAUUCACCAUUGGUCACUCGAAUGUUUAAUAAAGUAUCAUCUAAAAAUAAAUGUUGGAUUCUUGAGUCUCGCAUCAAAAAUAACUUAGAUUUAGAUUAUAUCCCAUUAAUAUUUAAGUUUCCGGAUGAUAAGGCUAUUUGGGAUGAUCGAUGUCGCAUUUGGAGCGAUGAAUUAAUUAGAGAUUUUAGUACAAUUGAUAAUUAUGGAUUGAAUGCUUUUGUUAAUAAAUACAAAUAAACAAAAAUAAAAAUGC